CUGGUUUGACUUGAAGUUGACGACAAACUAGGAGAAUAUAUUUUUAGAAUUAGUCGUAAACACAGCGCUCCCAUGUGUGGGGUUUGGGGCAAGACUAAUUUACUAAAACUCUUCGUGGUUUGUGCGCUCAACGACGCGACUCAUAUCGUCCUGUUGUGGUGGCUAGAAGUCGGCGUGGACAGUUGGCUUCGACUCGUGAUGAUGAAGGGUUUUCUGUUGCUAUCUCUGGUGCUGGUGUUCCGGUGUGAUGGAGCCGUGGUGAUCGACGCCGGAUUGGCUGAAGAGACCCUGAACGAUCGGCCAAUCAUCGGCGUCCUAGCCCAAGAGCAGUCGUUCUACCUCCACAGCAAGUUUCCUGAGGAGAACUACACCAGCUACAUCGCCGCGUCUUACGUCAAGGAUGUGGAGGCGGCGGGAGCACGGGUGGUGCCCAUUAUGAUUGGAAGGGACCGAACAUACUACGAACAGCUGCUCAGAAAAUUGAAUGGAGUCUUGCUACCAGGUGGCGCCACCUACUUCAACCAGUCGCACGGCUACGCGGACGCGGGGCAGCACAUCUUCGAGAUCGCGCAGGAGCUGAACCAGCGAGGGGACUACUUCCCGGUGUUCGGCACGUGCCUCGGCUUCGAACUGCUCGUGGUGCUGGCCUCGGGGCGAGGCAAGGUGGAGAACAGGGCCCGCUGUUAUUCGUACACGAAUAUGCCGCUCGAAUUCACUGAUGAUUUCAAGGACAGCAAAAUGUUUCAGCCGGCUUCGAACCAUGUAGUGGACACUCUCAGCAAAUACAAUGUUACAGUAAAUGCGCACCAGUUCUGCAUACUUGACGAGAACAUGAAGGCCCACAACCUGACGCGCGACUGGCGCGUGACGUCACACAGCCACGACGAGUUCGGCCUGCGGUUCAUCGCUAGCCUCGAACACAAACGGUAUCCGUUUUACGGCGUCCAAUUCCAUCCAGAGAAAAGCUCGUUCGAAUGGAAGCUCUCCAAAAAGUAUCCGCACUCAAAGAAGGCCAUCAAAGUGAACAGAUACUUCAUGGACUUCUUCGUAGACGAAUGCAGGAAGAGUAACCAUGCCUUCGACAGUGUUGCUGAAGAGAACUCCUACCUUAUUUACAACUAUAAGCCUACUUUUACGGGAGUACUCGGCAGCGCCUACCACCAGUGCUACUUGUUUGAGCCUAGAGGGAUUAUGAAUAAGGAGGUUUCAUAAUUGACGUUUAUUAUAUCCUGAUCCUGGAUUGACCCCCUGAGUCACCCCCUUUAGGCUUAGUAUACCCUUUUUGCAACACCCUGUAUUUGAAUUACAAAUGAAAUAUUUUAUGUAACUGACGAGAUAUUAUUAUGUCGUAUAAGUAUGUUGAGAUGAUGUUGAGAAAAUUGCCUCCUUGAUGUCAAAAAUUAUAGCUGUGAUUGGUGGAUUCGUGGCGAUAGUAGCUAAUAUGCCAAAUGAUUAAUCAUUAAUCAUUAGAGUAAUUUGCCUGUAUUUUUUGUAUUUAUUUUAAAACGAUUAAGGAUUAAGUAUAUUGACAGUAUUGAUAA